UCAUGCUCUGCGACUCCCUUCUUCGUCUCCCAUUUGGAUUCAGAAAUGGUGGGGAUUCCGGAGCCUGCAGCCGGACAUAUCGGCAGCGGAGUAACUGACGGCGGUCCACCAGCACUCAGCUGCGGUUCGAGGGCUGCCGCUCCUGUAGCAGUGGCGGGGAGGAGGAUACGCCCUGGAGAGACCGAAGGCCGGAUAGCCCCUCGCCGGAGCGAACGGCGCUAGGUAUAAGUCGAUGUCGCCGGCUCAACUCCGGAUCGCGCGGCGCCGUGCUUUACGAUACACCCUGGGUUUAGCCCCCCCGCUCUCCUCGAAUCCCCCAUCCUCACCAACACGAAGGUGGGUGAUCUCUGUACUUGCUUCAUUUCGUCUUGUCUGCAUGUGCUGUUCGAAUCUCGCGUCUUCUUCGAUGACGUUGGUAUUUGGACACGAAAUAAAGUUGCUUUUCUUACGAACUUCUCAGUUCGUGAUCUUUUUGCUUGGCAGGAUGAAAGAUCUUUUUAUUAGGUUAUAUAAUUUUUCUUCCUCUAGUGUACAAGAAAAAGGUUUUCACUAAUCAUCUAAAUAUUCUUCAUUCGUGGAUUGACUAUUGUUCUGACGUCUGCAGUGUGAGCAUUCAUAAGAAUCUAAUCUUUCACUAUCAUGUGCUCUGAAUUGAUGUGCGUUUCGUAAUUCGAUCUUUAAUAGCUUAAGUUCUACGAAGUUUUAUAGUUUAUCUUUUUCAUUCGUGAGUGUGCUUUUUUUAUCUUCUGAAAUUUAUCCAGUGCGAGCAAGGUCGGUAGAACCGUAUUGUCCAUGGCCUUUAAAUAGAUUGUUAUUCUCACUUUGUUCUGUUAUGUUUCUUCACCUUUAUGUCGUUAUAUGUGACAUGAAAUUAUCAAAACACUUGCUUUGGUAUUGACUUUGAUUGGGAAUUUCUCUUACUUUAAAAAGCAUUCACGUUGACCCUAUUCUGAUGGACUUGUGGACCAGCACCCAUCUUUGUGUGUGUCAGUCGUUUCAGCUUGGUUCAUUAAGCUUUUCUGUAUGGGGAUUCAUUCUUAUUCAGAGCUGGAGCAUCAGAAUAUAUGUGCUACUUCUAAAACUUCCACUUGAAGAUGAAUGGAAAGCAGUAAUUUGGACACUUACUCUCGUGCGGUUUUUACAGGUUCAGCCUUCUCCAACUACUGGAACCCUCAAUAUGUCCUCUGCCAUGGAUAAAACUAUUUGUUCAGACACCUUAUCUUCUCAAAGGCAUACUUCUGAUGUCAGUGCAUAUGAUGGAAGGAAUCCUGAAGAUUUUCAGUUCAAACCUCAAGUUGGAGCAUCUUAUAGUCUAGGCCUAUCUUCAUUAAGACCUAUGGUUUCUGCAGGCUUGAUCAAAAAAGAGCAUGAGCCUUCUAUGCAGAGUCAAAAUCAAUCUCAAGGUCAGAACCUGGUUGCGUCUGAAAAUGAAUCAAUUCUAUCAGAAUCUGUUCCGAAUUCAGCUAUUGAAGUAACCAAUUUGAGAGUUUAUGUGCCAGCUGAAGCAGCUUCUGGUGAAUUACAGCCGACAAAAUUGUCAGUGCAAAACACACGGAUGUUUCAGUCUGAUCCAAGUGAACCUAUAUCAUCCAAGUAUACUUGAAAAAUCUGCAGAAGAUGGUUAUAACUGGAGAAAGUAUGGGCACAAGCAUGUCAAAGGUAGUGAAUAUCCUCGGAGCUAUUACAAAUGCACACAUCCUACUUGUGAAAUGAAGAAACAAAUGGAAUGUUCUCAUGAUGGACUGGUCACUGGAAUCAUCUAUAAAGGUCAUCAUGAUCAUCCUAAGCCCCAAUCUAGUCGUCGUUUAGCAGCUGGUACAAUGCUCUCCUGCCAUGAAGAGGAAAAAACCGAUAAAUUGUCUUCUUUAAUGAGUGUUGAAGAUUGAUCCAAACAGUAUUACUGAGUCUCCUUAAACUGGUGGAGGGCAAUCCAAUGAUUGUGAUGAGGUCGCUGUAGAUGGUAAUUUGGAGUCCAAACGCAGGUGCCCUCUUCUAUUUCGUGAUUAAGGAGCCUCGUGUUGUUGUGCAAACACUGAGUCAAGUUGAUAUCUUGGAUGAUGGGUAUCGUUGGUGGAAGUAUGGGCAGAAAAUAGUUAAAGGGGAUCCUAAACCAAGGAGUUACUAUAAGCGCACCAAUGCCGGCUGUCCUGUAAGAAAACAUGUCGAGAGGGCAUCACAUGAUCCGAAAGCAGUAAUUACGAAUGGUAAGCAUAAUCAUGAUGUACCAGCUGCAAAGACUAUUAGCCAUGAGGCAUCUGCAUCAGUGGUGACAGAUGCUGAUGGUUCUCUGAGAAUCCAUGCUACAGCAGCUCUCACUGGUACAAUGACUACGACACCCUUUUCUCACCCACUCACCCAAACGAAGAGCAACACGAUCAGCCUUGACCUUGGUGUUGGCAUCAGCACCAGUCAAAGCGAUGCCACAAAUGGAAGUCAGCAGCUUUUGGGAACAGACCAGAUUCAUCAGCACCAUCAAGCACAAUUUGUUGGUUCCGGUAAGCUGGUGAUUCAAGCAACUCCAUUGUAAAAAAUCUAUGGAAGUUCACGCACUAGAAUAUCUUAUACAACCCCAGGAAAUUUAUUGAUGGGUCGAUGAGGACUUCAUGCAAUUCAAGAUAUCCUUAUGUCUCAUAACAGAACAAAGAUCGGAUGUUAUUUACCUGUGAACCAUUUUCCACGACAUCUUUAUUUGCCUCAUGUGAGCCACAUUGCUACAUCCUGCAAGUAUACGCCAUUAGAUCUUCCUCCAAGCAUUAGUAAGCAGUUACAUUUGUGGUCUGAUCAUGUAAGCCCAU